AUGUUUUGCAAGUAGAUAAUGAAAUUUGGGAUUUAGACAAUUAAAUAUCAAAUUAGACCUUGUAUUGCUUAUAGAAUUAUAGUCAACAAUCACUUAAACUUGCAUAAUUUGAAUCUCUUAUAGAUUAAUUAGAUAACACCAUUUUUAGAGGAAGAUGAAAAUGAUUCUAAUGAAUUAAAUUUAAUAAAACUUUUGUCGGAGGUGAAAUCUAUAAAAGGAUAUUGA